AUGACGCUGAUCGACGCGGCGUGGCUGCUCAGGUUUGCAAAUGGCGAGGUGAUGCCUGCGUGCAAGGGCGUCGUGCCGGCGUGGCAGCAAUUGCCGCUCGAAGCCAAGGUGGACGUCACCAAGCUUCAGCAGGUAACUUUAUACGAGAAGCUGCCCAUUGGCGUCCUGUCCUACGGCUGGGCUUCGCGCGCACACCCAGACCCGACGGGCGAGCAGCUCCAACGGCUCGUGCCCAUGCUGCGCGCAAUCCUCGAGCAGGACUGCGGCCUCGAUGGCGCGAUUUUCGGUAUCAUAUGGGACUUCAUGUCACUGCCGCAGCGCGGCUACACAACAGGCUACGACCCGACGCACGACGACCGGACCGCGUACGAACUCGAGCGUUUCAAGGAGGGCCUCAAGGGGAUCAAUGUAUGGUACGGUCACCCUUCAGUUACGACCCUGGUGUGCGACUGGCCGAUGCCCGGAGGCGCCGAGAACGCGGCCCCGAUCGAGAGGCGCGGCUGGUGCAUCUUCGAGAAGGCACUGAGCAGCGUGUCCAAGAGAAGCAGCUGCCUCCUCACCCUGAGCAGGAUGCCCGCCUCAUACUGGGACCAGUCUCGUCCCCCAAAGCAUACUCUCAGAUACCUGACGCAAGCAGCGGGCGGACGGGAGCCGCCGCUCCCGCCCGACAUGUUUGAAACACUGCUGCGCGACGGCAUGGCGCGCGAGGCCACGGAGAAGGGCAGCGGGAUUCGCUUCACCAACGGCAAGGAUGCCACAGACAUCUGCAUCCCACAGUACCGCGAGGGCUUCCUGCGCCUCAUGGGGCGCGCGGAGGCGCUCUCGUACGACGGCAUCGGGAUCGGCGACGCCGGGGUGGCGCAGCUGCUGAGCGCUUUGCGCUACGCUCAUAGCGCGGGCGUGCCGUCGCUGGCGACGCAGCUCAACUUGAGAAGCAAUCAAGCCAUCACCGACGCGGCGCUGCCAGGUCUUGCGGCCACCUUGGAAGAGGGAGUGAUGCCGAAGCUUGAGGUUUUGCUCAUCGACGAGAUCGGAUUUGAACCGACCGAGGGCAUGGCCAAGUUGGUCACUGAUCUAAAGCGCUCGCGCCCAAGCCUGCGCGUGGAUGUCUGUGAUGAGCCCGCUGUUUGGUGA